CCUGCCGCCUCUGAUGUAGUUCGACGUUACUGUUGCUACUUUCUUCCCUAACAUCAUUCCCGUCAUUUGAUGAGUAUCAUCAUUUAUUCUAUAGUCAACGUCUCCUAUUCUAUCUGAUACAUGAACUCGUACAAGUUGACUCGUGAAACCCGACAUCCAAUAUAAGUGACUAUACGCACGCUUCGCGGCUAUUAAUAGUAAUCUUCGUAAUCGAUUUUUACCACUACCCAGCUUUCCAAUCUCUACCUCACUUUCCAGAUAUCCGGUUCUAUUUGUCUUGUCUAGGGGGGCUGUGUAUUGUAUAUUCCACUGAAUCAGUGGAAUUUCUACUAAAUGAAAAUGCAUCGUAGCCAUUUCUAUUAGUAACGAGAUCUAAAGAAUGGUGGCCUAGAGAUUCCGAUACCGGAAGAGCUUGUAUUCGUACCUACAAUUCGGGUGCUAGUGAAACGAGCGCGAUCCAAUGAUAUAUUCCGGACUACUACGGAGAGUUGUGGGACAGGGUCGCGGGAUCGGUCAUAGUGAUCGCGUACCUGGGCGUCAUCAUCGUCGUCACGUGCAAUGCUACGGACCUGCAGGUAUACCAAAUAUUUCGAGCUUUAGAGCACCCGCAAGAUUCAUAACCACCGCAAUGUGAGAUAAAGGGUGGGUUGACAAAGGUACAUACCUACAUAUGUAGGUAUGCAGAAUAGGCUUGCAGGAUGUAACGCUGUAGUGGCAGAC